AUGUCGCAUAUAGCCCACACAGACUCUUACAAGGCUACCAUGAGGACAAUGGAGGACGAUCUGGGCAUCGUCUACCUGAUAGAGUCUGCUCAACAGUUUUGGUCUGAGCUCGAUGACACGUUACAACUUGCGGAAGAUGAACCCCCGACGCUUUCAAUGCUAGAUACGACACUACGACGAUUCAUGGCCCUAUGCGCUACCUACCAUGAACAAUACCUACAGAGUCCUUUGCAGCUCGAGCAUGCGUGCGGCAUGCUGGCGGGCUCAGAGCUAUUCGAAUUCCACUCUGAACGGAUGUUGGAUAUCAUCGUCGACGACGCACGAACGAUCACGGACCCACACUCAGCAUUCAUCUAUUAUUCUAUCCUAUUUUACUAUGGCCACCACAGAUCGGACUUCUUCCGGUCUCACAAGCGUUGGCAGCCCCUGUUGCCUCUUCUGAUGGAUCACGUUCUUGUGGAAGUUGACCCCGACAUCGACGACACUUAUGUGGGCACCGCUGUCGGGAAAAGUUCAAGCUUUUCUGCUGUACCCAUCCCUAUUGAGGCGAAGCUUAGGAGUCUAUGUGUGAAGCUGCUGUACGAGGUAUGCAGAGUACAGACUCUGUCAGCCCAAGAUUUAAAAAUAUUCGACGAAUUCUUCAUUGAUCAUUUGUUUGACCUCGUCGAACAAACGAAAUACAUGCACGAUGAUACUUUCAACUAUUCCGUCAUUAGGCUAAUCAUCGCUUUGAAUGAACAGUUCAUGGUAGCAGGACUGGGGAACGAUGGAUCCCCUAUAGGAGAUAAGCGGGAUGCCCAGGAGCCUAAGAAUCGCGUUAUACGUGUUAUGAUGCGGAGAUUAGGAUCCUGCAAAACCUUUGGUGAAAAUUUGAUCUUCAUGUUGAAUCGAACGAAACACACACCAGAAGACUUCUGCGUCAAGUUGUUGAUUUUGAAGAUUCUAUACGUCUUAUUUUCAUCCAAGGGAACGGCAGAGUUCUUUUACACUAACGACUUAUGUGUUCUGGUCGAUGUCUUUCUGAGAGAACUUGCUGAUUUGGAUGAGGAAGAUGAAUCGCUUCGGCACACAUAUCUUCGUGUACUCCAUCCCUUGUUGACGAAGACGCAGCUGCGCGAAGUGGAAUACAAGCGACCGCAGAUUCUUGUAACGCUCGAAUCCAUGAUCGUCAAUUCCAGGAUGCGUGAAGUUUCGCCGACAACCAAGCGUCUUGUAGAACGAUGCCUCUCUGGACCGUGGUGCACAUCACUCAGAGAGUCACGAAAAGCUUCUGAUAAUGACGAUCGUGCUGGAAGCCCUCAAAGCGAGGGCUCUACUUUGAUGAGUCCCCCUGGCUACAUGGGAAAUAUCUCGAUGGCGGUUUCUCAGCGUCAUAGUGAUUCAUCGGGUUCAGCUAAGGUCAUGAUGUCAAUGAAAUACAGCAAAAGCGUGGAGAACUUAUCUGGGCGUCUCGACCAGCCGAAACAACCUUUACGUUCGCCACUUGACCAAGUACGCCGACCCAGCAAUGCCAGUGUGCAGAGUCUUCCCGGUGCCAUGGCUUCUGCUAAGGCUACGGCCGCAACACACACCAAGAAAAGAAGCACAAGUACAGCGCCGGAUGCUGCUCAUCAUCCAUCUCGACACAAUUCCCUGGAUCCUGAUUAUCAGAAGCAUCCAUACAGUGCUCAGUCGCCGCCUCAAUCGCCUUCGCGUUCUCAUCACCUUUCUGCCCCGCCUGUGCCAACUGUGCCACUGGUAACGAGUGAAGGUAUUCCCGUCUUGGUUCAGCCGCGUCGACGACCUCCACCCCCUGCACCUCCGAAACGUCGCAAACCCCCUGCGAUCCCCAUCAGUCAUAUCAACAACGGUGUGACGAUCACCGCUAUCAGGUCAUCUGAACCCAGUCCGCUUUCAAAGGUUCACAAACCUCCUCUAGGCGUACAGCAAGCGUCAUAG